AUGAAUGCGACCAAGCGCAAAUUUAAUGCCCUGCUACAGGGGAUCGGCACGCGGUCAGCCAGCGGCUCGACGCCCGAUAAGAACGAUGUCGCCCAGGCAGCCAGCACGGCCGACGCGCCCAGCAGGACCAGCAGGACCAGCAGUCGUCUGACACCGGAAGCGACGCCGACCAAGACGAUCGACACCAGCACACACGACGACGAGACGAACAUGCGGUUUGCACGAUCACCGCUGACGUCCCGCGUGGCGGCAGCCACGACAGCAGCGGCAGAACGAGACGCGGCGGCCAGCAUGUCGUCGACGACGACCACCGGCACAUCGGCAGCCGUGGCCGAGCUCGAGCUGCUGGCCAAGCGACGGCGCGUCGGGGCCACGUCGACGCUACGGGACACAUCAGGCAACGCGGCGACGGUGCUGUCCACGAACAGCGUCCUGCGCAAGGCCAGACAGACGACAACGACAACGACGCCAAGCACGACGGCCAUCACACAGCCACCGAUGCCUCGGUACUGUCCGGGCGACCGCGAGCAGCUGCUCCGACGCCUGGCCACCUUCCAGGAGCUGACCGACUGGACGCCAAAGCCGGACCGCAUCAACGAGAUCGAAUGGGCGCGACGCGGCUGGGCUUGCCAGGGAAAGGAGCGGGUGCGCUGCACGCUGUGCAGCCGCGAGCUGGUCGUGCGGCUCGGACGGGACGCAGGGACGGGAGACCACGCAAACACAAGCAUGGCCCCACCGCUGACCGAGGCUGCAGGCGACGCUCUCGUGGAUCGCUAUGUCGGCCUGAUCGCCGCCGGCCACGAGGACGACUGUCUCUGGCGUCGAAAGGGCUGCGACGACAGCCUGCUGCGGCUGUCGCUCGGAAGCCCGCGGCCAGCCGUUGCAGCUCUGCGCCAGCGCUAUGACGAGUUGUGUACCCGCAAGGACUUUCUGCCGUAUGCCUUCAACCUGCAGCUGCCGGCUGGCCUGGACAUCGACGCUGUGGUGGCGACUCUGCCGCCCGACUUUUUCAAUGACCCUUCUGCUUCUUCUUCGGCAGCUUCCUGCAACCGGGUCGCCUUCGCACUCGCCCUUCUCGGCUGGCAGGGCCUCCACAACAGUCGCAUCGGCCAGGUACCCAACUCGGCCUCGUGCCAUGCCUGUCUGCGUCGCCUCGGCCUCUGGAUGUUCAAGAGCAAGCAGGUCGACCUGGCCAGCGGCACCGUGCUCGAGCCCGCUCCCAUGGACGGCCUCGACCCCGUGCGCGAGCACCGCUUUUUCUGUCCGUGGAAGAAUGGAACCGUCCAGCGAAACCCGGGCGCCCGCAGCGGCCGGACGGCCUCGACGACAACAGCCGCAGCAGCAGCAGCAGCAGCAGAGGGUGCCGACAGCGAGCCAGGCUGGGCCGUGCUGGUGCAGGUCUUGCGCAACGAUGCCUAUCUGCGGGGUCGCACGAUCGGAGCAGCUGUCGGUGGCGGCAGCGCUGCCUCUCCAGCACAGCCGUCUACGCCGGUUCGAAGACGGGCUGUCACCAACGACGGCGCGGUCGUGACGACGCCAACGGGACACGACGACGACGACGACGAUAACGGAGACGACCAGGAGGACGAGGCCGCUCGCGUGGCCAAGGACAAGGAACGGUGGGCGCGGCUGCGACGGGUCAAGAGCCUGUUUGACCCCAAAGGUCAGGCGGCCCGAAAGCUGAAGCGCAGCGGCACGCUCAGCCAGCCGGGCACGCCGAGUCGGCCAGGGACGUCGCAGGCAGAGAGCAAGGCAGAGUGA